UAAUAAAACGAUUGAUUAUUUCAGCCAAAAUAUAAUGUCGGAACCACCAAAGAAAGGGCGCCUUUUUGCACUGCAACAACUGCCUUCGGCUGUGUUAUGCUCCACAGGAGCGAUCGUCCGUGUUUUUGGACCGCGAACGUCAUCAAGACCGACGCCGGAACCGUCUCUUGCCCCCGAUGCUGGUUCCAUGGAUAUCGCUACGCGACCGGCAGGAUCGGUGAAACAAAAGCGAGGAUCGCAGCCGUCCACUAGUGCGACGCCGGUACCGGCAUUUGUUCCCACUGCAGGUUCCAUGCGUGUCAUUCCGCAGCCGGCAGGAUCGUCUGCGACGUCGGAAUCUUCUACUGCUCUCAAUGCUGGUUCCGUGGAUAUCGCUACGCGUCCGGCAGGAUCGAUGGCACAAAAGCGAGGAUCGCAGCCCUCAACGAAAGCGAUACGUGGGAUGAUUCUUGUGCCUGCUAGUUCCGUGCGUGUUGUUCCACUAGCGACCACAAGUGUGACGCCGAAAUCGUCUGUUGCUUCAGCUGCUGGUUCAUGCGCGCAUGACUUUGCGCGACCGGCAAAAACGACUGUCGUGCAUCAAGGAUUCCGUCAGCCGUCACCAAGCAUGACACCGGAACCGUGUGUUUCAUCAUCACCGGGAUCAACAUUUCACGAAGAGCAGUCGUCAGCAAGCAGCAUUCAUCCGUCCACCGUAUCUAUUAAUGUAAAUAAGAACACAGAGUUAGUUCAAGUAAAAACAACUUGUCCUGGGCACGAUUUUUGUUCACACUGUUUAAUAUUAAAACUGGAUGCCCGAACUGCCCGAACGGCUGCGAUAGUGAAUGAAAUUUCGGCCACAAUACACCCGAUGAAAGGCGUGCGACGCAAUGCUCAAACCAUCCCGAUGCAAUAUAUAAGCAACGAAGAGUCACUGGACAGGUUUGAAGAGCAUCUUACAGAUGCAAAUUUGUUUUACACUUUCAUACAGCGUGCGGAUGCUGUACAAAAUUGGUUGCUUGAAGCUAUGGGUGGAGGUAGGAAAAAAAAUAGGUUAAACAAGGUGUAAUAUGAGCGCAAAUGAAAUAACAGUAGGCGUUGCUAUGAACACAGUAGUAUGGAAAACAAUACGUUACCUUUUUCUGUCCGGUAAUGUGCAAUCCGAAUGAAAUAUGAUGAUCACAAAACAGUAAUACUCUUGGCGUUGUUUACACACAUAUUGGGAAGAUGCUGGAGUAUCAGCCACACACACAGCUUUUUUGAAGCAAUUUUUGUUAUUCCACGGCACUGCACAUAUCGGUAAUAGCUUCGAUGUGUUCAAAAUAAAGAAUAUUUAGAUUAUUUCACG